AUGAGCAAGAACCAGAAGAGCCCAGGCGAAGCGGUGUUCUACAAACCAGCCAAAGAUGUGACAGAAAUAAGAUCUGGUUAUCUGUUCAAGUCUCCUCCCUCAAAACGGUUGAAGACAGAGAAAUCAUGGAAGAAGAGAUAUUUUGUACUGUAUAAAGUCAGUGAGCAACAACAUCAACUCAAGUACUUCAGGGAUCAUGAGGAAAUGGACAAGUCACUUGGAGGGAUAGACUUAUCACAAAUCUCCCUGCUAUAUGUGAACCCUCAGAACCACCAGAGAUGGAGUUGGAUCCAGAAGAGCUUUAAGUGCUCACCGUCCUGUGUACUCUACAUCAGGGCUGCUGAGCGGGACUACUUCCUCGUCGGGGAGAGCAGCGAGUACGUGGACGGCUGGUUCUCUGACAUUUAUAACGCCCUGAUAAACAGGCCACAUAAAUUCGUCAGUCCAGAGGAAAUGAAAAACGGACAGCAAACAAUCGAGGUUGUUUCAAACCCUCUGUUACGGAAAAAGAGUUCUGCUGUAGGGACUGACAAGGUAGCCCUUCAGCCAAAGAUGAAAAUACGGUCCAUGUCUGAUCCAUCCCCAAACAGUUUGGGCAUCAACACUGAAAAAGGAAAGGAUGAAGAUCAUGUGAGAAGACGAGCAUCAGAGCCUGUGCAUCCAAUCUAUGACUAUCCAAGAUCCUAUUUAAGACAAACAAAAGUCUAUGACAAGCUGAAGACCCAGAUUUCUCCACUACCCACAUUCGAUGAGGAGACAGGCGCUGAAGACAGAGAAGAAACACAUCUUUCAGACUCCAGCAGCAGCUCCAGUGAAACCGGUGCCAUCUCUCCUGUGGAGAUGUCGGAAAGACCAAACGUGAAGAGACUGCAAAAAGAAAGCUCUACUGAGAGCCUUGACUUCAUCAGCCCAGAGGAGAGAGACAUUGAGGUGAAGCAGGCAGACUUGAAAAAACACCUGACACUAACAGAAGUGGAUGGGAAACCAAGUGUGUCUGGAUGGACAGGUCAGCCAUGUCUGUUCCACAAAGGAGAUCAAAUUCUGGCAAUUAAUGACUUGCACACCAGCAGUGUGGAGGAGUUUAACAUGUACAUCAGCAAAUCACUCAAGAAUGAGGUGAAAGUGACCAUCCUGCGUCUACCUGGAUGCCUGCCUCUGCAUUCGACCAGCGGUCUUUGCAGUGACUGA